AUGACUUUGUCGAAGCCCACGGACUCCCCGGGCAAUGACUUUUACCCCAAUAGCCCACCCAUGCGACGACCUAGGCUGUCAUUUAUUUAUCGUCUGGAGUGCGACAUUGAUCCCCAGGAAAUUGACGUCGGGGCGCCUCACGGGGCUGGAGUGAUCCGGAGCGUUGCGAAUAUUGCCGGCGGGACCUUUAGAGGGCCGUCGAUAUCAGGGACGGUCCUUCCGGGAGGAGCAGACUGGGCAACGGUCAUUGAAGGGACCCACUCCAUGACCCUCGAUGCACAUUAUACGGUCAAAACCGACGAUGACUGUUAUCUCUACAUCCGGGCGCACGGUCUCUACCGUCCUGGUCCAGGCACCGAGUAUGCGAAACAGGUCGAGAAAGACCCAACCCUUCGGCCUCCUCCCACUGUGACCCAAGAUGACGUGGAAUUCUUCUCACACCUGCGAAUUGAAACAGGCCCAGGGAAGUACAACUGGUUGAACGGCUUAGUGUGUGUUGGAGUUAUGAGCUGCGAGAACGAUCGCAUCCUGAUCGAUGCCUAUUACUUGACCAAUUUCGAAGAUUCUCAGCCAGAGGACGUGAUAGCACGGAGGAAUGCCUGUUAA